AAUCAAUUCCUACUGCUGGUCUAUAAUCUUUUGUUUGCGGAAAUGCAACAGUCGAUGGCCUUCUUGUUGAAUGUGUCUUGGGCAUCGUCAAACGGAGUCUUCGUUGGCACUUCGACAUGCUGGGCACAGGGAUGGUUUAUAUCGACAGGUGACCUAGCAGCAAGCUGUUUCAUCACCGCUAUCGCUAUCCAUACAUACUUGACGGUUGUCAGAGGUUACCAACCACCUCAAUGGCUUCUUUACCUCACAAUUGGAGGCUUAUGGUUUUUCAUAUAUGCCCUCGCGAUCGUUGGAGUUGUGCUCACGAACAAUGGACGAGACGCUGGAGGCUUGUAUGUCCGUGCUGUUGCUUGGUGCUGGAUGAAUGUAAGAUACGAGAACCUUCGUCUUUGGCUUCAUUAUAUUUGGAUAUUUGUUUCUCUGGCCCUCACUAGCGGACUAUACAUCCUGAUCUUUUUCUCUCUUCGGCGCCAAGAUAACCCAAUUCGAUUCUCUCGCGAUGGGCGAGCGGUCACCGCAAUUGCGUCCGGUGCGGAGUCUGAGCAAGUUGCGGGCACUCAUCCAGGCUUCUUAAUAUACCCCGUCAUAUACGGUUUCUGCACUGCUCCCCUCGCGCUAUUCCGAGUGGCGACAAUGUCAGGAAGAGAAGUGAGUGUUGAGUUGUUCUGUUUCGCAGGUUCGAUGAUUGCAUCAAACGGCUGGCUGGAUGUUGUAUUGUUCUCUUGGACCCGUAGCUCGAUCAUUUUUGCGCCAUCGCCGGGCUCGGCAGAUACGGGUCUCAGCACCUUUGCAUUCAUGAGAACACCACCUACGAGACGUUAUGGUAACAUGAUAUGGGUCCAGGGAGGAUCCAGGGCUGAUCGUGAUACUGGUGAAAGAAGACAAAAUCGUGGGGGUUGGUGGAAGAUCGGCAGCGACCGAGAGCAUCAAACGUCCAGGGGCGGCGGAAGUCAGAGAUGGCCGGGAGCUUUGAGCAGUGUCAGCCAAGAGUCACUGAGAGGUGCCGGGAUCAACGAGAUACAGAUGGAUACUGUAACGAGUGUUAUCGUAGAGGUUGACCCAUCCAACAAAGAGCCAGCACUCUCUGUUGGUAGUUUAGAUAAAGAAGCUUCUGAGUCG